AUAAUGAAGCCCGGGGCAACCAUGGAGACGAGGAAGGCGAGGGUUGACAUGCACAGAGGGUCGAUGCGAUGCUGCCAAGACUUUGGCCUAGCAAGAGCUGGACCUAUCCAAGAGCUCGCACAAGCGGCCGGCCGCCUCCUCAGCAGCGCCACCACCCGUGCGUUUCACACCAUCUGGACCUCCCCUGAGUGCAGACGACUGCCUGCCUCGCCACCGCGUGCUCCCGGCGCUCCAGCGCACCAAACAGCAGCGUGCGAGCUCACGAACGAGGGCCCUGCAGCCGACUUCCACCGGCGACAGCUAGGGGAGGGAGGGGAGCUUCGGGUGGCGGCUAGGGUUUCGCCACCCAAGUUGCCCCUGGGAGCGACGCGGGCUCGUUGAUGUCUGUGUUGGUGACACUAAUCUCUCACUUUGUGAGACACCACUUUAAUAAUCCUGAAGUAACAAGCAAAAUACAGUUGUCAGUUUUAUUCAUGCUGAGUCGCGUGACUGU